AUGUCUUCCACCAUCAACCGAAUCCGCCACAUCGUGGCUCAGCUGCUCGAGCUGGACGAGAAGAGGAUCCACGACAAUGCGGACUUCGUGGAGGACCUUGGCGCAACUCGCCAGGAAAUGAGACAAAUCUUCCGUGAAUUGGAGGAGGAAUUCAACAUUGAUAUUCCCACCGAGGAUCAGCGUGAUAUUACUAGCGUUCGUACCGCCGCGGAUUACAUCCAGUCUCAUACUUAG